UGUUAUCUGUAUUUUUUACAGUCUGUCAUAGUUCCGGUUGUCAACACUCUUUUACUAGGUGUCGGUGUCACUUUGUGAAGGCCACAAUGGGGCGCCGUCCAGCAAGAUGCUAUCGUUAUUGUAAAAACAAACCAUACCCCAAAUCCCGGUUUUGCCGUGGUGUACCAGAUCCGAAAAUCCGUAUUUUCGACUUGGGCAAGAAGAAGGCUACAGUGGACGACUUUCCACUAUGUGUGCACUUAGUGUCUGACGAAUAUGAGCAGCUGAGUUCAGAAGCUCUAGAAGCGGGUCGUAUUUGCUGUAACAAGUACCUCGUGAAGAACUGCGGCAAGGACCAGUUCCAUAUCCGUAUGAGGCUGCAUCCCUUUCACGUUAUCCGCAUCAAUAAAAUGUUAUCGUGCGCUGGAGCUGAUAGGCUCCAGACUGGAAUGAGAGGUGCUUUCGGCAAACCGCAAGGUACCGUUGCACGUGUUCGCAUUGGGCAGCCCAUUAUGUCCGUGCGCUCCAGUGACAGAUGGAAGGCGCAAGUCAUUGAGGCUCUGCGUCGUGCCAAGUUCAAGUUCCCUGGUCGCCAGAAGAUCUAUGUAUCCAAGAGGUGGGGCUUUACUAAGUAUGACCGUGAUGAGUUUGAGAAACUGCGUGAUGAUGGCUGUCUCGCCAAUGACGGCUGCAACGUGAGGUACCGCCCCAAGCAUGGACCUCUUGACACAUGGAGAAAGUUCCAAACCGAGAUUCACAGUGUAUAAUUACAUUGGAUUGAACAUCAAUAAACCAUAAUAUUUUA